AUGUCACGAAGAGUAGUUGUUACAGGAUUGGGUUGCAUUACACCUAUAGGGCAUACAGUACGAGAAUCAUGGCGCAAUUUACUAGCUUCAAAGUCAGGAAUCAUACCGAUCACCGAACUAGAAAACUAUAACAAUGAUUAUAGACCAUUUACGAAAUAUAUUCCACCGAAAGUUGCUGUCGGUAAAGUACCUCCUUUUUCUAAGGAGAUUAAAGAAUUAUCAGAUGCACUAAUCACAUCUCAAGAGGAAAGAAAAUAUUCCCAAUUCAUCAAGCUAUCAAUCUUGACUAGCUAUGAAGCUUUAAAGGAUGCCGACUUACUGAGCACUAAUUCCUCACUCCCAAAUCCAGCCAUUAACACUUCAUUAUGUAAUCUAGAUAGAUUUGGUUGCAUUAUUGGAUCGGGAAUAGGUUCCAUAGGUGACAUAUACUCAACAAGUUUACAAUUCCACGAGAAUGACCCCAAGAAAAAAAUAUCGCCAUUUUUUAUCCCUAAAAUACUAACGAAUAUGGCUGCAGGGAAUGUGUCAAUAAAGUUUAAUCUAAGAGGGCCAUCACAUAGUGUUUCAACUGCUUGUGCCACGGGAAAUAAUGCCAUUGGUGAUGCUUAUAAUUUUAUUAAAUUAGGUAUGCAAGAUAUUUGUAUUGCAGGUGCAAGUGAGUCAAGUAUUCUUCCAUUAAGCCUAGCGGGAUUCCUACGAGCCAAGAGCAUAACUCCAGAUGGGAUAUCUAGACCAUUCGAUAUUGAAAGAAAUGGAUUCGUCUUAGGUGAAGGUUCUGGUAUGCUUGUUUUGGAAUCCUUAGAGCAUGCACAAAAUCGUGGAGCCAAAAUAUAUUGUGAGCUUAAAGGAUAUGGGUUAAGUUGUGAUGCAUAUCAUAUUACGUCGCCAUCUCCUUCAGGGGAUGGAGCUAAAAGGGCCAUGGAAAUGGCUCUAUCAAUGUCAGAUAUUGAGAUAUAUGAUAUCGAUUAUGUGAACGCGCAUGCCACUUCAACCCAAUUAGGUGAUAGCACGGAAAUAGAAGCUAUUAUAUCGGCAUUGAUUCCUCCUUCGAGAGUAAAUCCUUUAUAUAUAUCGAGCAAUAAGGGGUCUGUUGGGCAUCAACUAGGUGCUGCUGGUGCUGUAGAAAGUAUCUUCACGAUUCUUUCCUUACGGAAUGGUAUCAUUCCACAUACACUAAACUUGAAAAACCAACUUCAUUUAGAAUCUAUACAGGGGAAUCCAGACACACUGAGCUUUGUAAAAGGAGUUCCUAGUAGGCCUAAGAAAUUGGAAUAUGCCCUCUCUAACAGUUUUGGAUUUGGAGGAGUGAAUACUAGUCUACUAUUCAAAAAAUGGGAGCAAUGCUAA